AUGCGGCUGCCAGAGAAACAACGGGCUAUAUGGGGAACUCUUCAUGGAGAUUGGGGCAUGGCUGCUGCUUUGGCUAGAGAAGCCACGGAACAGAGCUGGAGCCGGGGUCAUAAGGGGCGGGAGAAGAACCCGGAUGGUAGUGGAAUGGGAGGAAGAAAUCUCCCACAAACCACCAGCCCAGCUGCAUACAAGAUGUCAAGGCAAGCUGAGCGGAUUGUCAAUAGAGAAGACGAGAAUGUCGGGAGCCCCAACGAGGUAAAAGCCCACGAAAACUUGGCUCCCCAGCUUCUUUCUGAGCACGCCAGCACCCAAGACCUCAUAAUCCAAUAG